CAAAAUCCUUAGCAACUGGGUCGUUUCCCAGAUGUGCUUUUCCGUCCAUCUUUUUAUCUUUUAGGGCCUUUUAUUUUAAACCUUUAAGUUGUAGAAUUUUGCCAUGUCAUCUAGACAAAGCGGUGGAUCAACCUUGUCGGGAUCCAGCAAUAGACAGCCUAAUAACAGAGAAGAAGAUGAAGCUGUGGGACCUGGUGGCAGUGGUAUGGAGAGUGAUGAUGAGUAUGACAGUGAGGAAGAGAUGAUCAAGCAACUUCAGAUUGAAGAACAAAAUAAAUUUGAAAUGCUUUGCGAUGGUGUCCUUAACAGCAUAUCAUUGGUUAACAACUCCAUGGUAGAGUUCCUUGAUGUAAAAGAUGAGUUAUUAAAGCAUGCUUUGCCACCUGCAUUGUUGGCGAAACUAACCAUAGUGGCUGGAAAAAUAUAUAGAAGCACAACAGAUUUAAACACUCCUGUGUCAGAAAUGGUGCGAUUAGUGAAAGUAUACUCCGUACCAUGGGAAGAGAAGAGUGCCGCUUUGAAGAAGUUACAUUCAGAUUAUGAAAGUAAACACAAACAGUUGAAUAUUGCUGUGAGACGUCUUCAGCUCAUUGAUACACAUUCCAAGAGAAUGGAACGUGAGAAGAGAAUUAUGAACUGGGAGAAACUAUUUGCCAAACUAACAAGCUCUAGAGGUCACGGAAGACGAUGGAAAUUUUUGAUACAGACUUUUAGAGAAAAAUCCAAAAUGGGAUUGGAGUAUUUACAACAGUAUAUUGAUAAUAUGGAUAAAGAAGAAGAAGAAAAAAGUGAUCACGAAACGGAAGAAGACAAGAAGGAAGUACAAAGUAUGAUAACUCAGUCAACGUCUGAAGAUUUUAAAAUUAGCUCAGAUGAACUUGAUUUAAGCAGUGAUUCUGACAUGUCAGAUACCCCAAAGCCAACCAAAGGUGUACAGGAUGACACCGAUGACGAAAGUUUUGAUGAUGAAGAUGAGAGUUCAUCUCCAAAUAAGAAAGUGACUUUUCAAGAGAAAGGAAAGGGAGAUGCAAACGGUGACGGUGAACAUAUUUAUUUGCCUGCACCGAAACCCCCGACAGACGAUAAGUGUAUCUGGACACAUGAACCAGAGUAUGAGAAAUAUUUAAACAUCCGGGUCUACAAACCAUUGGGAUUGGACCAUCAACAGUUGAGAUGUAUGGUUUCUUUUGAUAAAGUUAUGAAAAAGACAGAUGCAUUUGAAGACCCUCAGACUGAUGUUCUAGCAGAAAACAAAGAAACAGUUGACAAGGAGGCACAAAAAGAAACCAAAGGAAAAAGCAUGAUUGGAAGCAAAUCAUCACCAAGUAAACAAACUGAAACUGAUGAACACAAACCGGAAGUGCCUAUUAUGGAAACAACAGAUCCAGAUAAGUUUUAUCUUGUGACAUUCCCUUUACCGGAGGAGACUGCAUCAGGAUUAGAAACACCUGUAGGAAACCCGGAUGAUAAUUUGGGAAUUGCAGUGCAUCAUGGGCAAUAUGAUGAGAUGUUAGCCAUGACUACAAUUGAUAGAUUUGAUCUUGAGACAUUGGAUAUACCAACGUAUGAUGUCGAGGAUGAAAUCGACAGCUUAGAGAUUACACCGUUUCCUCUCAAGUCAUUGAAGCCAUCAAAGAGAGGACCUCAAAAAACAGGUCAAAUGCCUCUGUCUGUCUACUAUACAAGGAAACUGAUACCAAGAACCUAUGACAAAGAGUCUGAAACUGAGACUCUUCAUGAAGUGAUCAAAGAAGAAACUGGUAUUGAUGUGUACACUGUUGAUUUAGAUGAAAUCCACACGUUUUUACAGCGAGGUCCUUUAGAAGAUAGGUGUCUAUCUGCUUUGUCAUUGCAGUCAUCAAUAGGAAGUAAAUUACAGAAUAUGGUACCCGUGGAGGAUGUAGAAGCACUCCAAGAAAGACACAAUGAAGAAAUGAUGAUCCAACAAGAAGAGUACGAGAGACGACUUAAUGGCCUUGCUAGGAGUUUACAAGAAGUGCAAGAGGCACAGAUUGCAGCGUUAACUGGCGGCGGCGGCGGCGGGGAAGGAAUUACGAUAUUACAUCCUUCUGUGAGUGGUGACUCCAAACCACAGUCUUCAGAAGGUAGUCGAAGGAGUGCUAAAGGUGAAAGGUCACCAUUUAAUGGCUGGACUUCUCAUACUCCAAGACCACCUGACAAACGAGAUAAAGAUGUCAAAACGCCAAGCGAUUCCAGUAAAUCAAAGUCCAAAGGAGGACGGGUCAGCCAGCCUUUGCCAAAAUGGGGAAGUGACUUGCCAAAAGAUUUCUUUGAAAGGAUGAGACAAUUCCAGGAAGAGAGAAUUCGCCAUCAGCAAGAGCUGACAGCAAAGACGCAAGCAGAGAUACAGGAACACAUAGAACGACAAAUGGCGGGACAGUAUCGACUGGCUCAGUCUGCACCGGAUGCACUGCUUUCAACUGACGAUGUAUGUUUACCUGCUGUGUUUAUGCCGACAAGAACAGGACAAUUGUAUAACCCACGGGCACAUCACUACUUCCAUGCAUCAGGUUCGCUUGGUAGUUACAGAUUAACGCAGCCACCGUCCAUGUUCCAGUUACCACCAUUACCAAAUAAAAAUAAACAAACAGCAGUAGAUCUUUUUGACAUCAGAAGAAACUUUCAGCCGAAGUCUGCCGAGUUUCUCACCAGUAUACCACAGACUCCACCUACACAGUACUUUUCAAUGUCUCAACCGAUGACUCCACAAACCCCAGCACCAACAGUGGAACAUUCUGCACCACCCACUGCAGAUGCAUAUCAAAAAAGGUCUUCAUCCGCGGCUGGUCUUUAGUCUCAGGGAAGGAAGGAGGGGAGGGGAUGGUUGCAAGCAAUUAAGAGG